UCUUUGCUGGGAGUAUUUGAAGAAGAUGCUGCUGCAAUUUCCAAUUACAUCAAUCAGUUAUUUCAAGCCAUGCACAGAAUAUAUGAUGCACAGAAUGAAUUAAGUGCAGCAACUCAUCUGACUUCAAAGCUUCUGAAGGAAUAUGAGAAACAGCGUUUUCCACUAGGGGGAGAUGAUGAAGUUAUGACUUCCACUUUACAGCAAUUUGCAAAAGUGAUAGAUGAGCUCAGCUCUUGCCAUGCAGUACUUUCAACUCAACUUGCGGAUGCAAUGAUGUUUCCUAUUACCCAGUUUAAAGAAAGGGAGCUAAAAGAGAUAUUAACUCUAAAAGAAGUUUUCCAAAUUGCAAGCAAUGACCAUGAUGCUGCCAUUACCAGAUACAGUCGGUUGUCAAAAAGAAGAGAAAAUGAAAAGAUCAAGGCGGAAGUUACAGAAGAUGUAUAUACUUCCAGGAAAAAACAGCAUCAGACUAUGAUGCAUUAUUUCUGUGCAUUAAAUACUCUUCAGUACAAAAAGAAAAUAGCCAUGCUAGAGCCCUUGCUAGGAUACAUGCAAGCUCAGAUAAGUUUUUUUAAAAUGGGUUCAGAAAAUCUUACUGAGCAAUUGGAAGAAUUUUUGACCAAUAUUGGCACAAGUGUACAGAAUGUUCGCAGGGAAAUGGAAUGUGAAGUAGAAAACAUGCAACAAACUAUAGAGGACUUGGAAAUAGCUAGUGACCCACUGUAUUUGCCUGAUCCAGAUCCUACGAAAUUUCCUGUUCAUAGAAAUCUAACACGGAAAGCUGGGUAUCUCAAUGCAAGAAAUAAGACAGGGCUGGUAUCUUCCAGUUGGGAGAGACAGUUUUACUUCACUCAAGGUGGAAAUUUGAUGAGCCAGGCAAGAGGUGAUGUAGCUGGGGGACUUGUCAUGGAUAUAGACAAUUGUUCUGUAAUGGCUGUGGACUGUGAAGACAGACGGUACUGUUUUCAGAUAACAUCUUUUGAUGGUAAAAAGUCUUCAAUCUUACAGGCAGAGAGUAAAAAAGAUUAUGAAGAGUGGAUAUGCACCAUAAACAACAUAUCGAAACAGAUAUAUCUAAGUGAAAACCCUGAGGAAAUUGCUGCACGUGUAAAUCAGUCAGCUCUGGAGGCUGUUACUCCAUCUCCUUCCUUUCAGCAGAGGCAUGAGAGCAUGCGGCCGACUGUACAAUCUCGUCCUCCUGCAGUUCGUACUAGCAGCACAGGGUCACUGGGAUCUGAAUCGGCAGCGUUGUCGGCACUUUCCUUGGAUUCACUUGUUGCCCCUGACACUCCUAUACAGUUUGACAUAAUAUCUCCAGUUAGUGAAGAUCUGCCUGGUCAAGCAAAAUCUUCAGGGCAGUCGGGCAGACGCACAAAUCCUUUUGGUGAAUCUGGAGGCUCAAAAUCUGAAACAGAAGAUUCAAUUCUGCAUCAGUUAUUUAUUGUAAGAUUUCUUGGCUCUAUGGAGGUGAAGUCUGAUGAAAGUCCAGAUGUUGUUUAUGAAACAAUGCGUCAAAUACUAGCAGCUCGCGCCAUCCAUAACAUUUUCAGGAUGACGGAAUCACAUUUAUUAGUCACUUGUGACUGUUUAAAGUUAAUUGAUCCACAGACACAAGUUACAAGACUACGAUUUCCUUUGCCCAAUGUAGUCCUGUAUGCUACGCACCAGGAGAAUAAGCGCCUUUUUGGAUUUGUGCUUAGGACUUCAGGAGGGAGAGUUGAGAGCCGCCAAACUUCUGUCUGCUAUAUAUUUGAAUCAAAUAAUGAAGGGGAAAAGAUUUGUGACUCUGUUGGACUGGCAAAACAGAUAGCUUUUCAUGCAGAACUGGAUCGAAAAGCAUCAGAAAAGCAGAAAGAAAUAGAUAGAGUCAAAGAGAAACAACAAAAAGAACUGAAUAAACAAAAACAAAUUGAAAAGGACUUAGAGGAGCAAAGCCGGUUGAUAGCUGCUUCCAGCAGAUCGAACCAGAGCAGCGGAGAAGGACAAUUUGUAGUCCUUAGCAGCAGCCAGUCGGAAGACAGUGAUUUAGGAGAAGAUGGAAAGAAGAAAAGAGAAUCUGAAGCCUAA